GGAAGUCGGCCUUCCCGCCAGCGACGCGUGCCUACGUCACUGGCCCGCCGGAAGUGUGGGGCGCGCCCUGGAGGCGGCGUUGCGGUCGGGCUGGUGGUUUCUUUCUUCCGCAGCCGGAUUCAGCCUCCUGGAGGAACCAUGCCUCCUUCAGCUUUGGGUGUCAUCUGUCGUGCCAGGUGCACGCUGCUGCCCGAGAGGAGAUGCCUUUUGAAUUCUCCGUGAAUGUUGGGAGGAGGAAUGCCAGAGCUGCCGACUGAAAUCCAAACAAAAGAAGUUUGUAGGUCGGGGACCCUGAAUUCUUAACACCUCCCUCAGGAUGGACUUUCUGGUUCUCUUUUUGUUCUACUUGGCUUUGGUGCUGAUUGGGGGUGUUAUGAUCUGCAUCUGCUCAAAAACUCAUCGCCUGAAAGGCCUGGUCAGGGGCGGCGCACAGAUAUUUUCCUAUAUAAUUCCAGAAUGCCUUCAGAGAGCCAUGUUAAGACUGCUUCAUUACCUCUUUCACACACGAAACCACACUUUCAUUAUCCUGCACCUCACAUUGCAAGGGAUGGUUUAUGCUGAAUACACCUGGGAAAUAUUUGGCUACUGUCGAGCGCUGGAACUCUCCUUAUAUUCCCUUUCUCUGCCUUAUCUGCUGCUGAUUGUAAACUUGGUUUUUUUCACCCUAAGUUGUGUAACUGACCCUGGUACCAUAACAAAAGCAAACGAAUUAUUGUUUCUUCAAGUUUAUGAAUUUGAUGAAGUGAUGUUCCCAAAGAACAUGAGGUGCUCUACUUGUGGUUUAAGGAAGCCAGCGCGAUCCAAGCACUGCAGUGUGUGUAACCGAUGUGUGCACCGUUUUGACCAUCACUGCGUCUGGGUGAACAACUGCAUCGGGGCCUGGAACACCAGGUACUUCCUCAUCUACCUCUUGACGUUGACGGCCUCAGCUGCCACCGUGGCCACUGUGACCACUAUGUUUCUGGUCCGGUUGGUGAUGGUGUCGGACUUGAACCUGGAGACUUACGUUGAUGACCUUGGACACUUCCAAGUUAUUGACACCGUCUUUCUUGUUCAGUACCUGUUCCUGACCUUCCCAAGGAUUGUCUUCAUGCUGGGCUUUGUCCUGAUUCUGAGUUUCCUCCUGGGCGGCUACCUGUGCUUUGCUCUGUACCUGGCUGCCACCAACCAGACCACUAACGAGUGGUACAGAGGUAACCGGGCCAGGUGCCAGCAUUGCCCCGGCACGGUCCGGCCCACAUCAGCAGAGCCCUGGGUCUACCGGAACAGUCACUCCCACGGGCUGUGGAGCAACCUUAGAGAGAUCUUUCUACCUGCUGCUGUUCAUUAUGAGAGAAAGAAGAAAUAA